GCUCGGAGCCACUGAACUAGGUUCAGGUUCGGUUUUUCCCUCCUCCCUUGUCGCCACUAAAGUUCGCUUUUUCCCAGCUGAGUACGGAUCGCGCUUGAGGCUGAAAUUCGUUUCAAGGCGUAGCCGGAAAACCUUCUUUAUUUCCAUUUUUUUAAAAGAGGAAGGAGCUCGACACCGGACGGUUUGAAGCUUUUAGAGUGUUGCGAUGGAGUUGGAGUCCGUGCUAUUGCUGGCCAACUCCACCACUUUGAUAGUGUGCAUGGUGCUGAAGUUCCCGCAAAUUGUUACAGUCAUUGCCGCAAAAAAUGCCUGGGGAGUCAGCGUCCGGAGUCUGGUGCUGGAACUGAUCGGGUUUCUAGUGUUCCUGACUUAUCAGACUUACUAUGAAUACCCACUGGCAACAUACUUGGAGUAUCCAAUCUUAAUUGCACAAGAUGUUAUUCUGUUGAUGUGUGUUCUCUUUUACAAUGGAAACAUUGGGACAGCCUUACCCUAUGCAAUACUAUUUGUUAUUGGAUGGCGACUUUUAACAAUCCAUAAGUUAAUUAUAGACCUGGCUAUGAAUCUAUCCACGUAUAUCAGUGCAUUAAGUAAAUAUGCUCAACUUCAGUCUUUGUGGACAGCCCAGAACUCUGAUCAAGUUAGUGCCCUGACAUGGAGCUUUGCUAUCUACACUACUUGCACACGAGUCUUCACUACACUGAUGACCACCCAGGACACUGCAGUGAUUAUACGUUAUGUGGUUCUGGGUUUGUUGAAUGUUUGGGUUUUGACCACCAUCAUCUACUACAGGAAGACUGGAAAGAAACAAGAAUGAACAUGGUGAGGAGCUGUGUCUCAGCUAGAAUUACACAGCUGGAUUUCUGGAUUGAAACAAGAAUCCUCCCUCAACCCUUUUUGAUUGUUCAUUUGAAAUAUGAUGUAAAGACAAUCAACCUAAACACCCUCAAAAAAUCCUCAAGAGGUUGUGUGGUUGGCAAGACAUAUUUUGAAUAAUACAAAGGGACAGCUACAUCCAUAACAACAAGCCCAAACAAAAUGAAAAACAGAUGGAUGUCCUUAUUCCAAUUGAUACAGUAAAAUUGUUGGUAUAAUCACAAAUACUGAUUUGUAACAGUUACACCUCUAAGACAGGAGCAUCUUUAACCUGUGGCUCAUAGUUGUUUAUCACAGAAUGCCUCCAGAACUGCCCCAAAGCAAUACAAUGCAAAACUAAGUUCAAAUUAUUACAUAUUAUUUCUGCAGUAAAGAUACUAACAUUAAACAUGCUUUUUUUUCCUGUAAGAGGACAACCACAGCAUAAUUAAUGCAUCGCUCAGCAAGGUAACCUGGUCUUCUAACCAUGUUCUCUCACCAAGUUGAUCCAACCCAACCUCCAUCCUUUUUCAGCUGUGAUCUCCCCUCCAGUCUUUUCAAUCCUUCCCUUUCCUCUUCACCUCAAUUGAUAGCAGGGCCAGGAUUUUGAAGAUUACCAGUCCAGUCCGUAGCAGCUACAUUUUAACCAGCAAGAGUGAUACAUUCAACUUGGAUAACUACCAGGGUUCCUUUGGAAGAGAUGCUAGAGCCACACCAACAAUUUGUAACGUGUUAGGGAGGAAAACAAGACAACCUUUCAGGAGCGGGUGAGGUCAACAGCAUUUAGAUACAGUGAUGCCCCCACCCUCACCAACUUCCCAGGAUUACAAAAUUGGGAGGCAUGAGUGUUUGGACCGUGAGCAUUUUGUGUCUGCUUAAUGCAGUAAGCAGACAUAAAUGAUUUCCAUUCUCAAUUACAAAAGUAAAACCCAAGUUUAAAAAAAAUAUAAAGGACAGGAAUUGGGACCAAAACAGAGAGAGAAUUCCUGUAAAGAAAUGGAAGUUAUUUUACUAAGAGCAUAUUUGCACUUAAAGAAAAUACAUGGUCAGUUGAUAGAAGGGGUAGUGCACUGAUGGGAGCUGUACAUUAGUUUUACUUUACUCAUGAAUGUUAUUUAACAAUGUAAAACAAAACAUUAUUUUUCAUAUAAGUAGCACAAAUCUAGCUUUUACAUAUAAAAACAGUGCAGUUCAGAAUAUAGCAUAUUUUAGUAAUAUUGGCAGUUUUUGGAUUUGUGGGAUCAAAGUGAUCCCACUAAAUUAUGGGUAAUUUGGUUGAUAAAGGUUUUUUUAAGAUCAUUUAUAAUAAUUAACUACAGGGAUAUCUAACCCCCUUAACUCCACUUCAUUUGAACCUUAAAUUACGAGACUAGUUUUUGAUGGUUACUUCAUAUUUAAAAUUCAGUGUUUCAUUUCUUUACAACAUAGUUUUACUUCCUAGAUUCAAAGUUCAGUGAGGCUCUUGGAUAGUUAAUGGGAGCUUUUCCUUCUGUGGCAACUGCAUAGAAUUCAAGGUGGGGGGGGGGGGGGGGGAAUCCAGGCUGAUACUCACUCCAAGGAUCAGCUGCACUGUUGAAUUUACAGUGUUUUGGAUGAGUGAACCCCCCUCCACACUCUUGGGUGUAUGUAAAAGAUCUCAUGGGUAAUGUUUGUCCCCUAGUCUUGACCAAUGUUUAUCCUUGCUAUUUGUUGGUUUGUUAUGGCUGCUGCAUUUCCAACAUAACACCAAUGCCUACACUCUGAAAAUAUGCAAGUCUUGCAAAACACUUAAAUGUUUUUUUCUUGCUUUUAUUAUUAUAGCCAUUUUUAACAAUAUUUAAUAGCUUCAUGUAUUUGAUUGUAAUAGUUCUCAAAUUUUACCAUGGACUUAUGAAGAGGGAUUUAUUCAAACGAUCUCAAAACAAUUUGAGUUAACAAAUUUAAAGAUGGGGUGACAAGAACCUUUCACAGCUUUAUAUAAUUAACAUACCUUGAUUUUUUUUCUAUCAUUUGGCAGUUGAUAGAAUUGGAUAAAUAUAUAAAUACAGUAGAUUCAUUCUGGGGAAACUCUUUGGGUGAGUAAAUAAUUCAGGCAUCUGGAUCCUUGAUUCAUGUUAUACAACUAACUUUGCACUUACUCUGUUGUAGCUCUCAAUUUGCUAUUUGGCUUGGGAUGAGAAUUGUACAUAUGCUGGCUCACCAGCUGGUGAUAAGAGACACUUCAUCCUGUUUCCACAGGUGUAGGUCUGUGCAGUGAGAUUUUUUUUGUAAACUACUUUUACUUUUUUCUCCCCCUAAUACUAUGUUAAAGUGGGAGUUGGGCAAACUACCCAAAGGACAACUUUUAACGUAGUUUCAUGCUUGCAUUCCUGUAAAUAGCUUUACAUUUUAACAUGGAGUGCAGAUCUAGAACUAUAGAGCAUUUUAUUUGUAAUCAUUUUCUACAUAUGGAAAACAAAUGCAUUAAAUAAUAGAGGUUAACUAUCUAUGUUGGAUCAUAUUGUACAGAAAUUCACCUGUCCAGUGGAAUUUUUCAUGUGAAAAAGCUAUUUUUUACAUAAAUGUAACAUUUUGACUAGA